UAUAAAGUCUUUGUCAUCUGGAAUCUGGAUUUGUUGAUUUUAAUAAGCGAUCACUUUCUUUCUGGUCACAAGAGUACUUAUCAUGGCAAAUUGAAUUAUUGAAAGAGCUCUAAAAUCUUUGUCAUCUGGAAUCUGAAUUUGAUGAUUUUCAUAAGCGAUCACAUCGAUGGAAACGCGUCCCUUCAUCUUCUUGGUCAUCCGAAAACUUCAAUUGAUACUUCAUAAGCUCGAGCCUCAAGCUUCCAUGGAACUACUUAAAUCUUAAUUGCACUAAAGUUCUCAACUUCAAGUCUUCAACUGAUCCUCGGAAGCAAGUGUCCUCGUGAUCCGACGACUUUCAUGAAAAAGUAGAAGACAAAAUUAUGCCCCGCGGCAACGAAGAGAGAGAGAAAACAAAGAGGAGGAUUUAUCAUAGCACAUUGAACUAUUGAAAGCUCUGAAAUCUUUGUCGUUUGGAAUCUUUGACCCCAGUACGAGAUCAGAUCAGAUCAGAUGGAAUCAAGUCUCUCCAUCUUCAUGAUCAUCUAAAAACUUCAAUUAAUGCAUUUGUGCAGUUUUAAGCUCAACAGCUCAAGCGUCCAGGAAACCACUCAGCCUUAACUGCGCUAAAGUUUUCAACUUCAACUAAAACUUGAUCCCGGGAAGCAAGUGUUCUCUUGAUCUGACGAUCUGUUUCCACCUGUGACUACUUGUGAAUCUUAAUUGGUAUUGCUCCACGGAUCAGACUUCCAGUUCAAGAAACUAUGGCCGCAGAUGCUUUUCUUGGGGCAUUUCUCCGAGUGUUGAUUUGCAAGUUGGCAGAUCGCGAGGUCAUCAGGUACUUUGGACGCGUAAAGGGCAUUGAUAAAAAUCUGAAGAAAUGGAGUGACACCUUGUCUGCAAUUGAAGCGGUUCUGAAUGACGCGGAGGAAAGGCAGCUGAUGGCUGAGAGCACCGCACUGAAGCUCUGGCUCGAUAAUCUCAGGGACUUGGCUUUUGAUGCGGAAGACGUGUUGGAUAAAUGUCAUACUAAAAUGUUGAAACGUCUGAUACAACAUGCUCAUUCCAGCACAACAAGCAAAGCAUGGAAAUCAAUUCCUAAUCGCGUUUCCAACUUCAAAACAACAAGCAAAGCAUGGAAAUCAAUUCCUAAUCGUGUUUCCAACUUCAAAAUGAACUCGGAAAUACAGAAGAUUACCAAGCGAUUACAAGUGAUAUCCGAAAGAAAAGACCAGCUUGGUUUGAAAAUUGAUACUGGGACGUUGACUAAAAGGGCACGCCAACUCAUAUCGCCUAGUUCUAGUCUACCAGAUGGACCUGUGAUUGGAAGGGAGGAGGACAAAAGGAAGAUUGUUGAGCUUCUGUUGAAACAGGAGCAUCGGGCUGCCAAUUUCUAUGUUGUUGCAAUUGUCGGUAUGCCUGGAGUCGGAAAGACAACACUUGCUGGACAAGUACUCAAAGAUAUGGUUGCAACCCAAAUGUUUCAACCAGCCGUUUGGGUGUGCGUGUCUGACGACUUCAACCUUGAAAGAGUGACAAAGCAAAUUCUUGAAUCAAUCACAUCCCAGCAAUGUACCACAAAAGAUUACAAUAAGGUUCAAAAUGAUCUGCAUAAGAAGUUAGCAGGGAAGAAGUUUUUAAUUGUUUUAGACGAUGUUUGGAAAACGUGUAGCCACGGUGACUGGAAGAAGCUGCAGUCCCCGUUUAUAGAUGGAGCACAUGGAAGCAAGAUAAUUGUGACAACACGUGAUAAAGAUGUUUCAAAAAUGAUGGGAGCUGCUAUGCUGGUUCACAAUCUGAAGCCUAUGGAGGAUGAUGUUUGUUUGCAAGUAUUUGAGCAGCAUGCAUUCUUGAAUGCUAACGACAGACCACCAAACUACGAGUUACUUAGGAAGAAAAUUGUUGCAAGGUGUAGGGGAUCGCCUUUGGCCGCGAGGACCCUCGGUGGCGUUCUACUUUGUAAAGAAAUAAAUGAUUGGGAAGAAACAUUGAGCAACAAGUUGUGGAGUCUGUCAAAGGAGCAUGACAUACUUCGCGUGCUGAGACUAAGUUACUUUUAUCUUCCUUCACAUUUGAAAAGAUGCUUUGCCUAUUGCUCAAUACUUCCAAAUGACUAUGAAUUCGGGGAGAUGCAAAUGAUCCUUCUGUGGAUGGCCGAGGGUUUGAUUCAUCAUCAACCAGAAGAUAAUAAGCAAAUUGAAGAUUUAGGUGCUGAUUAUUUUCGGGAGCUCGUAUCUAGGUCAUUGUUUCAAAAGUCAACCAAAAAUACUUCAAAAUAUGUGAUGCAUGACCUCAUUGGUGAUUUAGCACGAUGGGCAGCUGGAGAUGUUUUGUUUUAGAUUGGAGGAUAAGCAAAAU